AUGCCUCACACCAGAGACUCCUCACCUCCGGCGAGCAGCGCUUCCUACGAAACACCAGCACUACCAGAGCUCCAGCGGCUCAUUUGGUUCAGAGGAGGCUCUGACAAUCAUGUGGACGAAGUCUGGCCAAAUAUUUACCUGGGAGACGCGUGGGCUGCCAGGAGCAAAACUACUCUUCAAAGCCUCAACAUUACUCAUAUCCUUAAUGCAGCAGAUGGGCCAUAUAGCAUCAACACAGGAGCCAGAUACUACAAAGAUCUGCAAAUAGAGUACUACGGAGUCGAAGCAUUUGAUGAUCCUGCCUUUGACUUAAGUAUCUUCUUCUACGAUGCUGCCAAUUUCAUAGGCAAAGCCUUAAACACUUCAGGAGGGAAGGUGUUUGUUCAUUGUGCCAUGGGGGUGAGCCGCUCCGCCUCUUUAGUGCUCGCCUUUCUAAUGAUCCACGAGAACAUGACGCUGGUGGAUGCUCUGAAAACAGUGAGUGCUCACAGGGACAUCUGCCCAAACUCUGGGUUCCUCAGCCAGCUGCGGGACUUGGACAUUCAACUCAACGAAGAGAGGAAAGCAACCAGAGCAUCUGCUACCAAGGAGCUGUGA